AAUAGUGAGGACAUACAAACAAUUUAACCAAAAUUUUAUGUAGCAAUAGCAAUUUUAUAUAUUUGAUUUUUGUACUAAAUGGAGCUUUCGAAGUAUGAAGAGGACGAGUUUAAGGCAGCAUUUGACAUACUGGACGUCGAGGGAGACGGCAGCAUUACGGUCAAGGAAAUUGGCGUAGUGAUGCGUGCGCUGGGCAAGUCGCCCACUGACGCCGAGUUGCAGGCCAUUAUCAAUGAGGUCGACCUGGACGGCAAUGGCAGCAUUGAGUUUGGUGAGUUUCUGCAGGUGAUGAUACUGCGUAUGUGCCAGGAGCCGGACGACGAUGAGCUGCGCGAGGCCUUUCGUGUGUACGACAAAGAGAACACUGGCUACAUAGGCAUUGAUCAGCUGCGCUUUGUUCUAAUGGCUCUGGGGCAGAAGCUCACCGAGGACGAGCUUGAGGACAUAAUACGCGACGGAGAUGAGGACCGCGACGGUCGCCUUAGCUACGAGGAGUACUGCAAUGUGAUGAGCUCCAAGUAGAGAGCAGCCAAAUUUAUAGUAUAUCCAAAAUAAAGCAAUUAGUAAGCAUUUAAUGCA